GCUGAGCAAUGAGCAAGCUCGGGAGGCGGGGACGGCAGAGUUUGCAGUGUGUCGCCUGUGUGCAGCUGGGAGUCAGAGACUGAAGAGGAAGAAACGAAGACAUGGCCGAGAGUGACUGGGACACCGUGACCGUGCUGCGGAAGAAGGGCCCGACCGCCGCCCAGGCCAAGUCCAAGCAGGCAAUCGUCGCUGCACAGAGGAGAGGGGAGGACGUGGAAACUUCCAAAAAAUGGUCUGCAGGACAGAACAAGCAGCACACCAUCACCAAGAACACAGCCAAGCUGGACAGAGAGACCGAGGAACUGCACCACGACCGGGUGCCACUAGAGGUGGGCAAGGUUAUCCAGCAGGGCCGGCAGAGCAAAGGCCUAACACAGAAGGACUUGGCCACGAGAAUUAACGAGAAGCCACAAGUAAUUGCAGAUUACGAGAGCGGGAAAGCCAUUCCAAGUAACCAGGUCAUGGGGAAGAUUGAGAGAGCCAUCAGUCUGAAGUUACGUGGAAGGGACAUUGGAAAACCCCUCGAAGCCGUCCCAAAGGGCAAAUGAAAAUAAAGCCUCGAAAUCAGUGGUCCCCAGCUGAUCUCGCCCGGUCCGUCUGAAAGGGCGGACCGGGACCUUAUGUUGCCAAUCAUGAACAUGUGGGGGUAUCGGACUGAACUAGAUGGGAGAGACUAAACACAAUCUUACCUGCUGUCAAUACAAACCAAGAAUUACCAAACUUCUGCCACACCUAAAACGUGAUUCGCAAGGUUCCUGCCGGCCCAGCAGGUGAUCAUUAAUGGCCAGAGAAUCACAGGACUAGUAAUUCUUCUUUUGUUUCCCAGAUCGGGUGUGUCCUUUUUUUUUUUUUUUUUUUUUUUUUUUUUUUUUUCUGGCAAACAGGAGGAACAGUCCCUACAUUUAUAAGUUCUCACAUCCUUUCUUGUAUGUAAUUGUAAAAUAAAAAUUGUUAUCCUUUA